CCACGACAACAAUAAAUAUGCCACAUGCCACAUACCACAUCUUCUGCUGUGCAAUCAGCGAUGCAAUCUGUGAUCUGUGAUCUCUGGAGGAUUAGGGAGAGGCGGAACCUGAGCCAUGCUCAAGGGCUAGAAGGGCCACUCAAUCUCAAUUAGAAUGCAGUGGUCCGUUCUCCACUCUCGGCUGGACUAUAAAAGUGGCUCCGUCUUCAUUUCCAGCCAACAGUCGAUGCCCAGACAUUGAAGAAUCAACGAAGAUGCCGAAGAAAUUGUGUCUCCUUGUGGCAGUUGUACUCCUCUCCCUCGUGGCUGGGGGGCAGGCUGAGCUCCACAUCUAUCAUCCACUGCUGACGCUGCACCAGGAGCCCACGCUGGCCCGAGUGGGGAAUCUGCUGGAGCAUGUACCCACUGCCGUCUCGCAUCAGAGCUCCACCAUUGUCCAUCGCACUGCGCCGCGGCUCACGCCGCUCCUGGCACCCGCUCUCCGGACAACUCUGCACUAUCCGCCCACCUGGAGCUAUCCGUUCUAUGGGGCCACCAACUCUCUCUACAGAAAGUAAAUAACGAACACUGAAUACAGCAUGAUUUUCUAAGCACUGAAGCACCCAGACCCAUUGGAUUUACGCUCUCGAAACGCACAAUAAAAUAUAACAAAUUCCAAAAGCACACAAUGCAAUGUCUGUGGACUGACAGGAGGAGGCUCUAGCAAUCCUUUUUUGGGGGGGAGAUACGACGACUGCCAGUCGAUUGCCAAUUAAAUUUCGCGCUAUGCUGCACUUCUGAUUGAGUGCCACUGACGUCACCCGAGAUGA